AUGAGAGGAGAGGGCGGACGACCCGUCUUGUCCAGUUCCUCUAAAGAAGAGCGGAUCGCUGAGGCCUCGUCUCGUGGCUUCAGUGCUUCGCUUCUUUCGCAAGAGGGGACAAAGCACAGAGACAGGCAGUCUCCUUCACUCCGGCCUUCCCCGUUGGGGGGAAACGCGUCGCCAUCUGGAGAACUCAAGCCCGACGGCGUGACACUGUGGCGAUGCAGUGGCAGGGAGGGGGCGAAGGAUGUCGCGGACGAGGAGGCAGACGUAAGCGAGAGGCCAGAGAGGGUCCUCCUCUCCUUUUCGCCUACUCUUCUUCCCACGCCGUGCACAAGCAACUGUGGCGGAGAGAAGGACUCGUGGAAGAAGGUUGUGGACAAGAAGUCCGCCGUCAAAGAGAACUCACGAGCAUCCUCGUUUGGCGCUUGGCGCUUACCGUGGCUGCGUUCGAGCCGCCGAAGCCAUCAGGAGGAGGAUAGACGCAAAGAUGAGAAGCCGCGUGCGCUUUACGUCAGGGACUUUGGCGCACCUUUUUUCUUCGGGUCGUGCGUGGCGCGAGUGUCUCGUCGCGAGGGGCCUGUGGAUGCGGUCUUCUUCCCCGGUACGCUGAUCGCGAUUCCCAGGUGGUUCCUCCUCUGCAUGUACGCGAUCUCGGCGUUCGUCACAGGCUGCACGUACUUUGACUGGCCCGCCUUUGCGCACCUGCUGUUCAGGUCGGGGGCGUUCAGCUGGCAGUGUGCUCGCGACGCAGCUGGCCAUUUUGUCACGGACUUCCGAGAGCUGUCAGGCGACACUUCGUCGGUCAAGCCGUACAUUUGCGAUGAACAGGACGCCUUGGUCGCUCGGCUGUUCACCGUGGCGCAAGUGUCUGAGUCCUUCAUGUGCAUUGUCUCAGGGUUCCUGCUAGACAGCCUCAGCCCGCUGCUUGUGGCGCUCUUGGGUCAGGGACUGAACAGCGCGGGGUGGAUCCUCCUCGCCUGCAGCUCCGAAAGCUUUCCGGCCUACAUUCCAGCGAUGAUCUGCAUCGGCUGCGGGACAGAGACUGGCUACCUGCCUCUGGUGCGCAUUGCACGGCUCUUUCCAGGCCACGCAGCGGUCGUCAUAACCUUCAUCGGGGCGGCCAACAGCGGCGGCUUCGCGGUGCCGCUCAUCUUGAUCAAAAUCUGGGACGCGGCCGGACCCACGUGGUCCUUCGUGGACUUGUGCGUUUUCUACAUUUGCCUUGGUCCCUUACUCAGCGCCAUCAUUGCCGUCUGCUUCAUUCCCUACCGGGGAUUCAGCUCGGUGCGGGAGGGUGACGCCGACUGCGACGUGGACGGCAAGCGGCGCAAGGGGACGACGGCGCACUUUGACGCGGAGCCCACGGGCACCGAACGCGGUCUUUCAGUGCAACUCUCAGCAAGCCUCGAUGAGCACGAGACGCGCCAGGCAGGGGCUUUCGCCGGCUCCUGGGACGGCAGCUCCGCUCUCGCGAAAGGACGCCACCACGUGACGCGCGUGAGCACUGCCGCUUCCGACACCGACGCCGUUCGCUGUUCCCUCGACUCCUUGCUGGAUCCCUCGCCUGCUCACAGCCGAAGAGGGCUUCAAGCAGCGCGCGGGGACCCAGGCGCCGCGGGCAUGGGGACGGGCGGAGUGGAAGGCCGCAGUGCUGCACGCGGAGACGUCAGCGAGUCGCGGGCGCAUCCCCCUGGCCAGUGGCGCCACCAGGACGAAGGCGCCUUGCGAACCUCGAGCGACACCACGAAGAACGGAAACGCGGGACAAAGGGGGACUGGGGGUGGCGCUGGGUGCGACGCGGCGGGAGACCGCGGCCGCCACGUGCUGCUUCUCCGUCGCUGGCAAGGUGACCCUGCAGAGGCUGAGGCUGUCCCGCGCGGCUCAGACUUUUCAGAGGCGCCGCACGGGGAACCUAAUGGAGUCGGAGCGCGCAAACCAACGGAGGCAAGACACGCGGGUGACGCAUCCACUGACCCUAACCUGCUCCAAGAAGCUGAACAGACGCCGCAGCUGCACUCGCUUUCCAGUGUCACGACGGAGUCGGCCGGCUUCGAAGCCGCCGACGGGCAUCUCAGCAACGAGUUGCAUCCCUGCAGAUCUGCGGACGAGAAGCAGUGGACCAAGAAGGGUUCCGGAGGGGAGUUGGCUACACCGUCCGUAAACAUGGUUCCUCUGUGUCAGACUUCUGCAUUUCUCGCCUUGUCGUCGUCAUCCGGCCGGCCGACGUUUUUCAGUCAGCUGUUUUCGAAGCACUUUCUCUGCAUCGCCAUAUACUCGAGCGUAACGUCUGUCGCAAUCGCGUUUCUCCAGAGUGCCUCCUCACGGGUCUAUACAGAAGAGGUGUCUGAAGUCGCGGAAGUUGUGCUGUGCUUCACGUUCGUCCCCUGUGUGUUCCUGGGUUGGGUCAUCGACUCCUACGGAUCGUUCCCCACGUUCCUGCUCAUGAACACCAUGGGGCUUAUUUCCAUAGUCUGCGCAACGAUGUCCACGUCGUCCACCAUCCAGUACGUCUCCGUUGCGGCUUUUUGCAUUCACGUGAGCAUUGAUAGCGAGCAGAUCUUUUGCUACGUUCAGUCUGUGUUUCGGCCUGAACACUUUGGGAAGAUCAGCGGCGCAUUCUUGGCUUGCGACGGAUUCUUCUCGCUUCUUGCGAUCCCCCUCUAUGACGACCUCACCGUCCGAUUUCUCGGCGGCGACGUCCGGCCGGUUUCGAUAGGACUGGCGGCCGCCCUGGUGUUCUGCUACGCCCCUGUAAUCGCCGUGUGGGUUUUCCAACAGAAGCACCCGGAUCCAUACGGCGUGAGCUCCCCGCGCAGCGGCGUAGAGAGCCGAGAGAACUUGGGUGCGGCCGACAAGUCCAAGGCUGCGGUGGGUGUGAGCGAGGGAGUGGAUGAAGCGACGCUGCCGGAGUCUUUUGCUGACGAAGCACACGUCCGCGGGGGAGAUGGCAAGGCUGGUGCCGGAGGCGAGAUCCAAAUGAGGAAGAAACGCGGUUCGGUCGACUAUCCAAAGAGGGUCUUCCGCCCAAGUCAAGGUCCCCAUUACCACGAAACGGGGCAGGAGCCGGGGUCUGUGGCGCUGGAAGGCGAGACGCACGCAGAAGGCGCCGGCGGGGAGAGCGCUCAGAGGGACUCCACGACCUUGGACAGACAGAGGCCAGCCCCAGAGAGGAUGAUGGAGGCAGAGCAAUCCGCGCUAGGACUGAGCAGGAUGUUGCAAGGGACAGAUGUGAUCAUCCCUGUGUGGACAGGUGAAGACAUGCCAAGCAGGUGCGAGCCAUGA